AUGGCAAGAGAAAGGUUAGAGCGGAAACUCAGGAGUGAAUACGAAAGCUAUGUGAGAAAUUUAACCGAGCUGAUACGCGAGAACACAGAUUCGCCCGCACGAAUUACUUCAGUCAAAAUUGAUGGAACUCCCAACACUCGUACAUCAUUUCUUGCUUCAAUCGUCAAUAAGUACAUCCCUACCUCCGGAAUGACUCCAUCACUUGGCCCGCAAGAAACACUCCUGAAUGCCUUGCAUACCUCUCGUCACAUCACGGCCGCUCUGAACUCAACUGGGAUUUUUACUUCGGUCACCCCCACCCUUGAGUCCUCUUCAUCUCCUUAUGCUGCACCCCACGACUACGCGCUCCAUUUUAAAGUGCGUGAGCGUGGAAGGUUGUUCCUCAAAUCUUCAACCGACGUUGGAAGCAAUAACGAUGGCUCAGCGUCCAUCACAGCACGAAUAAGAAAUGCAUUUGGCGGAGCCGAGACGGUCGAGGGGUCGGUCGCGUUUGGAACUCAAGUCACUCGGUCUGGGAACCUACGAUGUGAAUGGCCGGUAGUGGUCGGGACCGGAGAAUUAAAUCCAAAUGGCGAUGGAAGUAUACGAGGAGAGAUAGGAUUAUUUGGGGUGGAGAAAGAUGAAACAUGGUAUGCGAGUGUUAGAGAGGGCGUCAAAGGGUUUCGAGCAUCUCUGCGAUCCGCCGGGUAUACAUCCAAGUCUUCGAUAUCUCAUACACUCACUCGGGAUACCCGCGAUGAUGCUUUGCAAGGAACGCGUGGGUCCUAUCUACGUUAUUCCCAGGAAUUUGCCGGCCUAGGCGGUGAUGCAGCAUUCUUCAAAACCGAAUCAGAUUCUAGAUAUUCUAGAGCUCUUGGAGGAGGAUAUACAUUUUCUCUCUCUGGGCGCACCGGGUUUCUCUAUCCUCUCUACGGCAGACCUUCUCUUUUCAACGAUCGGUUCCAAUUAGGAGGGCCCACUAGUUUGCGAAUGUUCCGCCCGAAUGAGAUGGGCCCUAGAGAUAGAAACGAUUCUGUUGGCGGAGACAUGUACUGGGCUGCCGGUGCUAGCAUUAUUGGACCAUUCCCACGGAAGCCAGACUGGCCUUUGAAGACCCAUUUAUUUAUUAACGCAGGACGCCUGGAUACCUAUGAUACCAAAAAAUCAUCUCUAGAACAAACGGCGCGCAGCCUCUCGACUCCUUCCAUUUCCGCAGGGAUCGGACUUGUUUAUAUGCUCAACCCUGUACGAGUGGAACUCAAUUUUGGGGUUCCAAUUGCUGCAAGUGUGUCUGAUGGAAUGCGCAAGGGGGUGCAGGUUGGGAUUGGUAUGGAUUUUUUGUAG